GUUCCUAUAAUAUAUGCUGUCAUCGCUUCUACAUUUAUGAUUGCAAAAAAAAUCAGCAUUGCAUGAUGGUGUUCUCUGUUUCCGCUCAGGUUCAGGGACAACCUCGACGCUCUUCCCUCUCCUCCACAGAUACAGUUCAAACAGGCAUGAAUUAAUCAUGUAUCGGGCUAGCUAUGAUUUUGCGAUUCAAGCCGAUUUCUAAGCAUCGGAGAUAGACUCAGACAUCCCAUACCGUUUUGUUAAUUGACCCCUCUCGCAGGAUUCGAGUAUAAAGACGUCAGCAACAGCACGAUGUCAACAAAUACUACCGUCUCUUUCUCCUCCUACCUGAAAUUUCCUUCCCGUUACUACUCACAUCAUGAAAUACGUCCAACUCGGUUCUUCAGGCCUGCGUGUCUCGCCUGUGUGCGUAGGGUGCAUGAGCUUCGGCGACCCCAACACGCUCAUGUCGUGGACGAUCCCCGAGGAGGAAUCGCUGCCCAUUCUGGACCACGCGUACAAGUCCGGCAUCAACUUCUUCGACACGGCCGACAUGUACGCGAACGGCACGUCGGAAGAGAUCCUGGGCAAGGCGAUCCGCGAGUUCGGCUGGCGGCGCGAGAGCAUCGUCGUGGCAACCAAGGUUUUUAACCCCGUCGGGCGCGGCAACGACAAGGUGAUCCGCAUCUCGGAAGACGAGCGCAACAAUCUAGGCUAUGUCAACCAGUAUGGGCUGAGCCGCAAGCAUAUCCUGUCUGCUGUCGACGCGAGUCUGAAGCGACUGGGGCUCGACUAUAUCGACCUACUGCAGAUCCACCGCGCCGACCCUACCGUCCCAGCGCGGGAGACCAUGGAGACCCUCAACGACCUCGUCCGGUCAGGCAAGGUACGGUAUAUCGGCGCCUCGUCCAUGUGGGCACAUCAGAUGCUUGAGUACCAAUACACGGCGCGUCAGCACGGCUGGAGCGAGUUCAUCUCCAUGCAGAACCUCUACAACCCCAUCUACCGUGAGGAGGAGCGCGAGAUGAUGCCCAGCUGCAUGAAGUUCGGCAUGGGCGUGAUUCCCUGGAGUCCCCUGGGUAUGGGCUACCUGACCCGCCCGUGGAAGACGUGGGGGGAUACCUCGCGCGGCCAGGCGCAGGCGGGUCGUGUCGCCGGCGGCAUCCCCGACGAGUCUGACCAGCGCAUCAACGAGCGCAUCGAGGUCAUCGCUACAGAGCGGGGUGUGUCCAUGGCGGCUGUCGCCAUCGCGUGGGUACUCUCCAAGCCCUUUAUCACCUCAGUGGCCACUGGUAUGACCAAGAUCGCGCGUGUCGACGAGGCGAUUGCAGCCAUCGAUCUCAAGCUCACCGAGGAGGAGAUCAAGUCGAUCGAUGAUCUAUACCAGCCCAAAGCCGUGCGGGGGCAUUUUUAGAAAGCCGCUUUU